AUGUUCAACGUCAACCAGCCCCCCCCCGGCGAACCUGCGGAACCUACACCACAAUUCUCCAUCCCGACGCUCGUUACCAACGUUGUUCCGUUUUUCACCAGGGCAGAUCCGACGCAGGUCCGUAAUCCCAGGCGCAAUGAUCUUUUGAAUCUGACUGUCGCUGCUCUACUCGAUUUUCUUCCGAUUCAUCGUGUUGUCUUACAAGUUUUGUCGCUCGCUACCCCCCGGAUAUACCCCACACCAAAUUCGUCCCGCGACGUGUGA